CGUGCCAUCGUUCCAUCGAUUCACUCCGUGUGUCAGGGAGUCUGUGCGGCUCUCUGUGUUGCACACCAGGACAGAGGCUGGAGCGUCUCAGUUAUCAUUCUCUAUCCUGCCGAAGCUCUGCCACACCAUGCUGACCCGUCUGUUCCGUAUACACGGCCUCCUGGUGGCCUCCCACCCCUGGGAGGUGAUCGUUGGCACAGUCACCCUCACCAUCUGUAUGAUGUCCAUGAACAUGUUUACUGGCAACGACCAGAUCUGUGGCUGGAACUUUGACUGCCCCAAAACAGAGGAGCAAAUUCUGAGCAGUGAUAUCAUCAUCCUGACCAUCACACGAUGCAUCGCCAUCGUUUACAUUUACUUCCAGUUCCAGAACUUGAGACAACUGGGGUCCAAAUAUAUUUUAGGCAUUGCUGGCCUUUUCACCAUAUUCUCCAGCUUUGUAUUCAGCACAGUGGUCAUUCACUUUCUUGAUAAAGAGCUCACAGGUCUCAAUGAGGCUUUGCCGUUCUUCCUGCUUCUCAUCGACCUCUCCAAAGCAUGCGCUCUCGCCAAGUUCGCCUUAAGCUCCAGUUCUCAGGAUGAAGUGAGGGACAACAUUGCUCGUGGCAUGGCAGUACUAGGACCUACCUUCACUCUGGACGCCCUGGUGGAGUGCUUAGUGAUCGGAGUGGGAACCAUGUCAGGUGUGCGGCAGUUGGAAAUCAUGUGCUGCUUUGGCUGCAUGUCUGUCUUGGCCAACUACUUUGUGUUCAUGACUUUCUUCCCUGCGUGUGUCUCACUGGUGCUGGAGUUGUCCCGUGAGAGUCAGGAGGGCCAUCCUAUCUGGCAGCUGAGCCAAUUCUCCAGAGUGAUGGAGGAGGAGGAGGACAACAAACCCAACCCUGUUACCCAGAGGGUCAAAAUGAUCAUGUCUCUGGGCCUGGUGAUGGUUCACGCCCACAGCCGCUGGAUCGCUGAGCCAUUGUUCAUCAACACCACAGGGAGCAUCCCACAGGUUGGCAUGGGGCUGGACCACCUCUCACCCAGGAGGAUUGAGCCAGAGAAACCGCUUUGGCACUUCUACCUCACCAGGAUGAUAACCAUGGACAUAGAGCAGGUCAUCUGUCUGGCCUUGGCCCUGCUGCUGGCUAUCAAGUAUAUCUUCUUUGAGCAGGUAGAGAUGGAGUCUACGCUGUCGCUGAAGAACCCCAUCACUAUGUCUGCCCCUGCCCUGAGCCCACGACGACCCACUGAGAGCUGCUGCAGGAAGGAGCCGUGCCCUCCCCGACCCCUCACCCCCGCCCCGGAACCUGCCAACAAGGCAGAGAGAGAUGAGGUCAUCAGGCCCUUGUCUGCCCCAGCUGCUGAUCCCCAGCCAAAGAGCUUCUUUGUGGAGGGGGAGGAAGAAGAGGAGCUCAAGGAAGAGACCAAUCAGCCCAGCACGCCCCCAAAGAACAGAGACCUGGACGAAUGUGUGGCCAUCCUCUACAACCCUGAGCUGGGGGCCUGUUUCCUGAGUGAUGCUGAGGUGAUGCAACUGGUCAACUCCAAACACAUCCCAACAUACAAACUGGAGGCCAUGAUGGAGAAACCAGAGAGAGGAGUGGCCAUACGAAGACAGAUGUUAUCCCCCAAACUCCCCUGUCCUUCUGCACUCUCCUCCCUGCCGUACACCAACUACGACUACUCCACGGUGAUGGGCACCUGCUGUGAGAAUGUAAUUGGCUACAUGCCCAUACCAGUGGGCGUGGCCGGACCGCUGCAUCUGGAUGGGAAGCAGUUCCAGGUUCCCAUGGCAACCACAGAGGGCUGCUUGGUUGCCAGCACCAACCGUGGCUGUCGAGCAAUCGCUCUGGGAGGCGGAGCCAGCUGUCGUAUCCUGGCUGACAGCAUGACCCGAGGACCCGUAGUGAGGCUGCCCUCUGCCUGCCAGGCUGCAGAGGUCAAGGCCUGGCUGGAGAGCACGGACGGGUUUCAGGCCAUCAAAGAAGAAUUUGACAACACCAGCAGGUUUGCUCGGCUGCAGAAGCUGCUGGUCGGUCUGGCCGGGAGAAAUCUCUACAUCCGCUUCCAUUCCAAGACUGGAGAUGCCAUGGGGAUGAAUAUGAUCUCUAAGGGAACGGAGAAGGCACUGAGCAAAGUGCAGCAGCACUUCCCAGAUAUGCAGGUGAUAGCUCUCAGUGGGAACUACUGCACCGACAAGAAGCCGGCCGCCAUCAACUGGAUCGAAGGCAGGGGCAAGUCUGCCGUCUGUGAGGCCACCAUCCCUGCUAAAGUGGUCAGAGAGGUUUUGAAAACGACAACAGAUGCUCUGGUGGAGGUGAACAUCAGCAAGAACCUGGUGGGCUCAGCCAUGGCUGGCAGCAUUGGGGGAUUUAACGCACACGCAUCCAACCUGGUAGCUGCCAUCUACAUAGCCUGUGGACAGGAUCCAGCCCAGUCGGUGGGCAGCAGUAACUGCAUCACCCUGAUGGAGGCAUCAGGACCGACAGGGCAGGAUCUGUACAUCAGCUGCACCAUGCCCUCCAUAGAGCUGGGUACUGUGGGAGGAGGCACCAACCUGGCCCCCCAGCAAGCCUGCCUCCAGAUGCUGGGCGUGCAGGGAGCCUGUCAGGAAUGUCCCGGGGAGAAUGCGCGGCAGCUGGCCCGGGUAGUGUGUGCCACCGUGCUGGCUGGAGAGCUCUCACUGAUGUCUGCUCUGGCUGCCGGCCACCUGGUCAAGAGUCACAUGACACACAACAGAUCCCAAGUGAACCUCGAGGUGACUCCAGGGACGUGCACAGACAAAGCCUCCUGAGGCCUCUUUCAGUGAGCCCAGGUUACUGGACGGAGCAGUCGACACAAAAGAUAUGGACAAAAUGAAAGGGACUAAUCAUUCAUGAAGACAGCAGACCUGCGAUGUCUUACAAGGGCUUUCAAAUAAACACUGGAGUGUCUUUUGACCAAUCUCUA